CACAGCCCGGGCUGAUCGCGUGCUGGGUGUCAUGGCGGCCUGCAGUCGCUGCUGCUCUUGCCUCCGGCUCCGGCCGCUGGGCGAUAGUCCCCUCCGCAUGCCCAGGCGGAAUCCGGCGCUCACGUAUUUGCAGAUGCGAGCACUAUCGGGUAGCGUGGGGUCCCGAGCUGUGGCUGUGGACCUAGGCAACAGAAAAAUAGAAAUAUCCUCUGGGAAACUGGCCAGAUUUGCAGAUGGCUCUGCUGUAGUACAGUCAGGUGACACUGCAGUGAUGGUCACAGCUGUCAGUAAAACAAAACCUUCACCUUCCCAGUUCAUGCCUUUGGUGGUUGACUACAGACAGAAGGCUGCUGCAGCAGGUAGAAUUCCCACAAACUAUCUUAGAAGAGAGAUUGGUUCUUCUGAUAAAGAAAUUCUUACAAGUCGAAUAAUAGAUCGUUCAAUUAGACCUCUCUUUCCCGCUGGCUACUUUUAUGAUACACAAGUCCUUUGUAAUCUGUUAGCAGUAGAUGGUAUUAAUGAACCUGAUGUCCUAGCAAUUAAUGGUGCUUCUUUAGCCCUCUCAUUAUCAGAUAUUCCUUGGAAUGGACCUGUUGGGGCAGUACGAAUAGGAAUGAUUGAUGGGGAAUGUAUUGUUAAUCCAACAAGAAAAGAAAUGUCUUCAAGUACUUUAAAUUUAGUGGUUGCUGGAGCACCUAAAAGUCAGAUUGUCAUGUUGGAAGCCUCUGCAGAGAACAUUUUACAGCAAGACUUUUGCCAUGCUAUCAAAGUGGGAGUGAAACACACCCAACAAAUAAUUCAGGGCAUCCAGCAGUUGGUGAAAGAAAUUGGUGUUACCAAGAGGACACCUCAGAAGAUAUUUACCCCUUCACAAGAGAUUGUGAAAUAUGUUCAUAAACUUGCCAUGGAGAAACUCUAUGCAGUUUUUACAAAUUAUGAACAUGAUAAAAUUUCCAGAGAUGAAGCUGUUAACAAGAUAAGAUUAGAUACAGAGGAACAACUAAAAGAAACAUUUCCAGAUGUCGAUCCAUAUGAAAUAAUAGAAUCCUUCAAUGUUGUUGCAAAGGAGGUUUUCAGAAGUAUUAUUUUGAAUGAAUACAAAAGGUGUGAUGGACGCGAUUUGACUUCACUUAGGAAUAUAAGUUGUGAGGUAGAUAUGUUUAAAACUCUUCAUGGAUCAGCAUUAUUUCAAAGGGGACAAACACAGGUGCUUUGUACUGUUACGUUUGAUUCAUUAGAAUCUAGUAUUAAAUCAGACCGAAUUAUAACAGCAAUAAAUGGGAUAAAAGACAAAAAUUUCAUGCUACACUAUGAGUUUCCUCCUUAUGCAACUAAUGAAAUUGGCAAAGUCACUGGCAUAAAUAGAAGAGAGCUUGGGCAUGGUGCUCUUGCUGAGAAAGCUUUGUAUCCUGUUAUUCCCAAAGAUUUUCCUUUUACCAUAAGAGUGACAUCUGAAGUCUUAGAGUCGAACGGGUCAUCUUCUAUGGCAUCUGCAUGUGGUGGAAGUUUGGCAUUAAUGGAUGCAGGGGUUCCAAUUUCAUCUGCUGUUGCAGGUGUAGCAAUAGGAUUGGUCACCAAAAGCAAUCCUGAGAAGGGUGAAAUAGAAGAUUAUCGUUUGCUGACAGAUAUUCUGGGAAUUGAAGAUUACAAUGGAGACAUGGAUUUCAAAAUAGCUGGUACUAAUAAGGGAAUAACUGCAUUACAGGCUGAUAUUAAAUUACCUGGAAUACCAAUGAAAAUUGUAAUGGAAGCCAUUCAGCAAGCAUCAGUGGCAAAGAAAGAGAUACUACAGAUUAUGAACAAAACUAUUUCAAAACCUCGAGCAUCUAGAAAAGAAAAUGGACCUGUUGUAGAAACUGUUCAGGUUCCAUUAUCAAAACGAGCAAGAUUUGUUGGACCAGGUGGAUAUCAUUUAAAAAAACUUCAAGCUGAAACAGGUGUAACUAUUAAUCAGUUGGAUGAAGAAACAUUUUCUGUAUUUGCACCAACACCCAGUGCAAUGCAUGAAGCAAAAGAAUUCAUUAGUGAAAUCUGCAAAGAUGAUCAAGAGCAACAAUUAGAGUUUGGAGCAGUUUAUACUGCCACAAUAACUGAAAUCAGAGACACUGGAGUAAUGGUAAAACUAUAUCCAAAUAUGACUGCUGUGCUUCUUCAUAACACACAACUUGAUCAACGAAAGAUUAAACAUCCCACUGCCCUAGGAUUAGAAGUUGGCCAAGAAAUUCAGGUGAAAUACUUUGGUCGUGAUCCAGCUGAUGGAAGAAUGAGGCUUUCUCGUAAAGUGCUUCAGUCUCCAGCUACAAAUGUUGUCAAAACUCUAAAUGACAGAAGCAGUAUUGUAAUGGGAGAACCUAUUUCACAAACAUCAUCUAAUUCUUCCCAGUGAUUUUUUUUUUAAAGAAUUCUAGGGUGAUAUUAUAUAUAGCAAAAUUUUAGUAUUCUAAUGUGUAGACUUAUAUAUAGUAUAAAUAUAUUCUAAUCAUUUGUAUUAAAAUGCUCACAUGUGCCAUUUUUUAUUACAAGAAUAACAUGUUUUUAUUUAUAAUAUAAACCAAUAAAUAUUUAUUACUAAAAGUAAACCAUGCAGGGUGCAGUGGCACAUGCCUAUAAUCCCAGUGACCUGGGAGGCUUAGGCAGGAGGACCAUAAGUUUGAGGCCAGACUAAGAACUUAGCAAUACCCUGUCUCAAAAAGAGCUGGUGUAGAUCAAUGGUAUAUAUUGCUGGAUUCAAUUAAUUAAUUAAUGGCAAACCAUUUAUAUACAUUUUAGGGAAGAUUACCCUUUUGUUCCUAUUAUUAUGAAAUACCUGAAAAGCUUAGAAAUAAUAGAUCACUAUGCUGUCAUUAUGGAUCUCUGCCUAUAUAUCUUAUUAUUCUUCUUUAUAUAUAGUAAAAGUUUUCACUUAGUCAUAUUAGGGCUUACCUUUUUGCCUAACAGCUUUUCUUGCCUACAACUAUUUCACAAACUGGAACUUUCUAUUUUGUUGGAAAUAAGCAGGACCUAUUUUUUCCAAGUAAUUACUAGAUAUAUGAAGGAGUUUAGGGAUGGGGAUGUAGCUCAGUGGUAAAGGGCCCCGGGUUCAAUCCCCAGUACCAAAAAAAGAAAAAAGAAAAAAAUGUGAAAACAUAUAACAAGAAGUGGAAAGGAGCUAAAUUUGACCCAUUUUUAAUGAUAUGUUAUUUUUCAAAUUUGUCCCAAAAACAUAAACAUAGUGGAGUAAUCUUAGAAAUGGAACUUUCAGUAGAAUGAGGGAAUAAAUUCUUCAAAUUUAACCAAACAAAAUACUUGUCAAAUAGAACUAGAUCGUUUAUUAGUGUGUAUUUUGCCAACAUGGAUAUUCUUGACAUAAAAGCUGAUAGAAUCAUGAUUUUCAGUUAAUAAAUAGUAAUUUAAAAUAAUCAGAUACGACAGUUAUUGAUGUAAUUAUUGUUCAUUUCCAUCACUUAAAGCAUUAUAAUUUCAGAAAAAAAGUAAAUGGUACAUAGGAGUCAUUUAGAAUGUAUCUUUUAUAAUCUUAUAAAAAAUAAAUUUAUAACUCAAGGUUAACUAGUUCAUAAAAUUUAGCUAGCCAAAGCAAAGAUUUUUAAGAUUUGUGUAUUUAUAUAUCUACUAUGUUUAAAAUAACAUGUUAGGUAAUUUUGAUAUUCUUUCUGAAAUAGCAAAGAUUAAUUGAAAAAGAUUAAAAUUUGCCUUCUAUA